AUGGCUGAAUUACAGAAAAUUAGCCCUGAAAUGACCAGUUAUCUUUUCCAAGCAAAACCGGAAAAAUGGGAUCGGCCAUUCUUUCCAACGAAAAGGUAUAACAUUCUUACAAGUAACAUUGCCGAAUCUAUAAAUGCAGCAAUUGUGCAUGCGAGAGAAUUGCCUAUAACGUCGUUAAUAGAAGCUAUAAGAGAGAUGCUUCAAAGAUGGUUUUCAACAAGAAAAGAAGCGGCAAUCACCCAAUUUAUUGAAGUGACAAAAUGGGAAAAUGAUGAAAUGGAGAUCAAACUUAAUGUGGCAUUUCAAAUGAAGGUAGAUGCAAUUGAUGCAAUGAAAUCUCGUGUCACAUAUGGUGAUCGAGUGUUUGUUGUCGACUUGGAACAACAUAUGUGCACAUGUAAUGAAUUUCAACUAGAGGGAAUUCCAUGUGCACAUGCUAUUACAACAAUUGAAAGCAAGUACUUGGACAAGUACAAAUUUUGCUCAAAAUGGUAUAAAAAUUUUGUUUUGAAAGAGACAUAUGCAGGAUCAAUUAAUCCUCUUCCAGAUAAAGUUGAUUGGAGUGUCCCAGAUGAAAUUAAAGAAGUUAGCAUGAAAGCUCCAAAAUUCAAAUCUAAAGACUAUAAAGAUGCAAUGUUAUACACAUUUGUUGCGUUGUGGACUUGUGGAUAA